GCGGCUCUUUUGUCAUUUUUUUUUCCUUCAGCGGCGGCAGCGGCGGUUAUUGUUCGGCGGAACCAUGAGGGGCGACAGAGGCCGUGGUCGUGGCGGGCGCUUUGGUUCCCGGGGAGGUCCUGGCAGCGGGUUCCGUCCCUUUGUGCCGCACAUCCCAUUUGACUUCUAUGUGUGUGAGAUGGCUUUCCCCCGUGUCAAGCCGGCCCCGGACGAGACGGCUUUCAGCGAAGCCUUGCUGAAGAGGAACCAGGAUCUGGCUCCGACUUCAGCUGAACAAGCCUCUAUCCUCUCUUUGGUGACCAAGAUCAACAAUGUGAUAGACAACUUGAUUGUGGCACCUGGAACAUUUGAAGUGCAAAUCGAGGAGGUGCGCCAGGUGGGAUCCUACAAGAAGGGCACCAUGAUGACUGGGCACAACGUGGCCGACCUGGUGGUGAUCCUGAAAAUCCUGCCCACCUUGGAAGCAGUUGCUGCCUUGGGAAACAAAGUGGUGGAGAGCCUGAGAGCGCUGGAUCCUGCUGAAGUCCUGACGAUGCUCACCAACGAGACAGGCUUUGAAAUUAGCUCCGCCGAUGCGACAGUGAAGAUCCUAAUCACAACUGUGCCGCCCAACCUCCGCAAACUGGACCCAGAGUUACACCUGGAUAUCAAAGUGUUGCAAAGCGCCCUGGCGGCUAUCCGGCACGCUCGUUGGUUUGAGGAAAAUGCCUCUCAGUCCACGGUGAAGGUCCUGAUCCGUCUGCUGAAGGACCUCAGGAUGCGGUUCCCAGGCUUCGAGCCCCUCACGCCCUGGAUCCUUGACUUGCUGGGACACUACGCUGUGAUGAACAACCCAACCCGGCAGCCCUUGGCUCUCAACGUGGCAUACAGGCGUUGCCUUCAGAUCCUGGCCGCGGGGCUCUUCCUCCCUGGCUCGGUCGGCAUCACAGACCCCUGCGAGAGCGGGAACUUCCGAGUCCACACAGUCAUGACCCUGGAACAGCAGGACAUGGUUUGCUACACCGCUCAAACCCUGGUCCGCAUUCUCUCUCACGGUGGCUACAGGAAGAUCCUUGGGCAGGAAGGAGACGCCAGCUACUUGGCUACUGAAAUGUCCACCUGGGAUGGGGUGAUCGUGACUCCUUCGGAGAAGGCCUACGAGAAACCGCCGGAGAAAAAGGAGGGGGAAGAGGAGGAGGAGAAUCAGGAAGAACCCCCUGCCGGGGAGGAAGAAGAGAGCAUGGAGACCCAGGAGUGACUUGCCAGCUUGAUUUCGUCUCGCCCGGCACGGAUGGC